GCUCUUAUCACCUCUCUCUAUCUCUUAUUGUCCAUUUGUUUUCUCCCCCAUCACCUCUCUCUUUCUCCGGGCACGAUAUUUUCCAUUGGUUAUUUUUUCAUCCAACGCAACCAACACAAACUUUGCUCUUUCCCUUCCAUAUCUCUCAAGAUGAAUCAGUACGAUCAACACCAAGCUCCUCCCCAACUUUAUCCCCCUCCUCCAGUGCAAACCUACCCACCCCCUCCACCUGGAUAUCCUGUCAAAGAUGGUCCCUCUCACCACCCACAAGUUCCCAUAGAAACAAAACAGAAGGGUGCGAUUUGUCGUUGUUUGACGGUUUUCUGUUCCUGCGUUGAUCUAGUGAAAUCUUGCUGUUGCGAAGCGAAUGGAGGGUCCUCCUAGUGAGGAAAUUUGCUCGCUUAUAUUUAUUUUAUUAGACUGGCUUAUUGUAAGUUGGAUUGAACUUAAAAUGUCUAUCCUUCUUGUUUGUGUUUGUUUGAACGCCAAUAUUUAUUUAACGAGAUGAGAUUGAAACACAACUUUUUGGUUUUUUA